UAUGUAAAAAGUUAUUGAAUAAUUGAAUGGAUUCUAAAAUGAAUUUAUUAAAUACAAAGCUCUAUAUGAAAGAGAGUAUAUUAUAUUUAUUAUAUUAUAUUAGAUGUUUAGUGACAGCAGAUUUAAGAGAUCAAUUAAGUUAAUUAGAUAGAUAAACUAAACAAUUAGCUGCAGAAAGAGAUAAUCUUUUAGAUAGAAUAGCAAAAUUAUAAGCUGAAAUUGAAUAAUUAGGAAAGUAAAUCUAAGUAAAGAAUGAUGAAAAUGCAGCAUAAUCUAAGACUAUAUCAACCUUAGAAGGAUAAGUUGCUUAAUUAAAACCAUUAGAAGCUGAAAAUUAAAGAUUAAAAUAAUUAAUUGAUUAAUAAACUAAAGAAUUAGGAGAUUUAAGAUAAAAAUUAGCAGAUUUACAAUUAGUAGCUGAUGAUGCAAAUAAAUAAAAAACUUAAUUCCAAUAAUUAUAUAAUUCAAUUAAUGGAGAGUUUGAAUAAUUAAAGAAUAAAUUUGCAGCCAAAGAUAAUGAAAUUAAUUCAUUAAAGUCACAGAUAACUAAGCAAGAAUCAGUUGUUAAAUAAGUUAAAGUUAUAGAUAAUACUAAUCCAAAUGAUUUGAAAACUUUAUAAGAUUAAAUUGCUUAAAGAUCAAAAGAAAAUGAAGAAAUUAAAAAGAAGUAAUAAAUGUUAUUUAUUUAGAUUCAAUUAAAUGGAUCUUGAAUUGUAGAAAGUUAAAAAAGAUAAUACAGAAAUUAGUAAAUUGUAAUAAGCAAUUUAAGCAAAAGACAAAGAAUUAGAUGAUUUGAAAAAGAAACUUGAUAAAUUCUCAUAGGAUUCAUCUAAUUUAGAAAAAUUAAAGAAAGAAUUAGAAGCUAAAGUGAAUAGCUUAAAUUCUGAUUUAAAUACAAGUAAGAAGAAUUUUGAUAACUAAUAAAAUGAUAUUAAGAAGUUGAACCAAUAAAUUAAUGAUUUAUAAAAUGAGAUAAAGAGAUAAUAAAACAUAAUUUCUAAUUAAACAUCUGUAUUCAUAUAUAUUUAUUAUAUAGGAUUUAUAAACUUGGAAUAACAAAUAUGCUUCUGUAGUGAAAGAAUUAAGAUAAGAUAAUCCUCCUUAAAUUACAAAUCAAACUAAUUAAUUCAGUACAACCAUUACAACCUAAGUGAAUAAACAACCUUAAACAUCUUAUUAAUAGAUAGAUGAUAGUCAAUCAAAUAGAUCCAGUGGCUAUAGAUAAAAUCUAUUUCCUACAGCUUAAUAGGUCUAAUCAACAACAACAAGCACUCAAAAACCAGUGACAGCUUCAUCCAUUUAUUAGACUAGCUCAUCCAUUUAAUAAUAACCAUCAUAAACAUCAUCUUCCUAAAUUAUGAAUUAAACAUCAACAACCACAACUAGAAGUUAUGCAAGACGUUAUUGAG